AUGCUGUCGGUACGCUGGUCGGCGGCACCGCAGAAGGCUGGCGGCGCCUCCUCUGAAGCGGCUUGCUGGUCGGCUUGCACAUCGCAAUCAGCGCGGAGCACUGCCAGCGGGCUGAUUCAGUCCCUGCUGUCAGCUCCGUUAACAGAAGUGCAGAGAAAGCAGUCGGAUGACGCAGCCUCCAAACUGCUGCGAACAGUCCAACUCAGGUGCACCGACUCCCAAGUUGGCCGCGAGCUGCCCUCCACGCAAGCCCAUGAAGGCGCCGAAGCGUUCCCCAAGGGGAAUGCAAUCUUGGGUCAGAUCUCCUGCACGGACUUGGAAGCGGCCGCAGCUCUCCUCCCAUCGCUCACCUGGCAGUGGCUCUCCGUAGCGGAUCUGGACGGCUGGGUGGAUCGCGGUGUGGCACAUCUGCUCCGUGAGGCCCUCCUGGUUCAGAGGGCUUCCAGCGACACCAGUGCUUCUAUCAAUGAGCUUGUGGGCUGGUGCCUGGACAACUGCAGUCGCCCCGCGGUGGCGCUGGCGGCGGUGUGGGGAGCGCAGCAGGGGCAGACGCUAUCGCCGCGGUGCCGCAGCUUCUACGGCCUCAUGCUGCAGCGUCUGGGUAUCUCGGAAGCGUCGCAACAGCAGCAGCUGCGCAUGCAGCCGCAGCUGCAGCCGCAGCCGGCUGUGGUGUUCUGCAGUUCCGUCACGCGGACGGCCUUGUCCACCGCAUCUUCCCGUAGACGGUCAUCGUCACCUUCCUCCUCCUCUUCUUCUCCAGAAGGGUUAGAGUACAAGUCAGAGGCUAAUGAUGACGAUGUUGGGGCCCUUGAAGAGGGCUUUAGUGCCGGGGGGAGCAACGGUAACUGUAACAUAGCCACGGGGAGCGGUAACAGCAGUACUAGUAGUAGCAGCCGCAGCGGAGCCAGGGGAGCGGCGACGGGUACAGACCUGGAUUUGGAUCCAAAUCCGGAUCUCGUUAUCCUCGGGGAGCUUCCGGAAGAGGCGCAGUCCCUGCUAUUGCAGCAGUCGGAAGCGGAAACGGCAGUCGGCAUAGUACAAGCGCCGCUGCAGCAGCAAAGCCAAUGGCAAGGUAGGCCGCCUGCGGGUCGCGCGAAUGGCAGGAGAAACAGCAGUAGCGUCGCUGGGCAUGCCAACGGCAGUAGCGUUUCGCGCUGGGAGACGGAGGCGAGGCCGGUGGUGGGCGGCAGCGGCAAUAGCAGCGCCCCUGAUGUCGGAGACGCAUCAGCUAGAGCUUCGGGACAGGACACGGACACGCCAGCAACACCUGCAGUGGAAGGGUUGGAUGCUUUAUUGAAACUGGGAUUGCAGCAGUACGAUGGGACUGUGACGGAGUACCUGGCGGGACCUGACGUCGCCCCCGGCGAUAGUGUCUCCGCCAGCGAAGCGAGUGGGGCUACUGCCGGAGCUGUCAUUCGUCCCACGGCGUCAUUGCUACAGCGCCCAUCUCGUAACCCCAUCACAGAACCAGAGCUUGAGCCUGGGGCAGAACGCGCCUCUGAAAUCUCUGGUACGGCAUCUCCUGGUGCAGCCAUCAGCGGCAGCAGUAGCAGCAGCAUGGGUGGCGGCGGCGGCCCGGCCAGUCCGGGAUGGCACUUCCGGAGCAGCGCAGCGGGGCCGCAGCAGUCGUAUAUUGCCGUACACCUAGUUGCAAUAGGGGAAUUUCCGCUGCGGGACUUGUCGGGGGCGGUGCUGAAGGGCGGACUGGCAGUGCCGGAGUCAGGGCCCAUUGUCAUUUCGAAUGACCCACGGGUCUUUCCCGGUACGGAAGCCGUACUGUCGGAUUACGUCACGGCGGCGGGCGAUAAGCUCGCAAUGCGUCUAGAGUACGUCGUGGAUCGAUCAUCGUACAAUGAAGUUUCACUGCAGCUGUUCAACAUCAGUCGCAUCACUCGUAAGCGUACGGAAAACUGUCUAAUGUACGUCAACGGUAAACCCCUGAACGUGGGCGAUCCAGGAGUGGCGUUGAUGCCUGGGGACGAGGUGUGGUUUGGCCACAGGGCCUUUUGUUUCCGCGUAGAAGCGCUCCAGGGAACGCCGUCUGCCGUACAGGAGGCCCUGCAGCGCCUCUGCGACGACGACACAAUGGCCGCUGCAGCCGUGGGAGCGGCCAAUGUCAGUGAGCCGGCCAAUGUCAAUGCGGCCAAUGCUGCUGCUCUCGUGCGAGCCGACGCAGCUGGCUUUCCCACUGAUAGUGGCGAAGCAUCCUCCGAUGAGUUGCCGUACACGAUAUCGUCGACGUCUUCGACGACGCCUGACAUGGCCGAGCUGUCAAAUUUAUCGCGCCGCGAUCCGGUUCGCGCAGAAGCAGCGCUGCGGCGGCUUGCGGCAUCGAACCCGGGAGACGCGGCGGUAUGGUUGAUCUGGGCCCAGACAGCGGCACGCAUGGAGAGGCCUGCCUGGCAGGCCAAGGCACGUUUGCUGUUCCGGGCCGCCGUAGAUGCAGCGCGGCGAAUGGAAAUCAUCCCGCCUCCGCCGGCAGCGCUGCAGGCAGUGGCGCAGCGGGCCGUCGCGCGGGGCCGUGGCCGUCGCAUUGCGUCUUUGGGUGCCACCGUCGCUCCCGCUGCGGGCGCGGUGAUGGCCGUAGAUGACGGCGCCGCUGAUGCCUAUGGAACGGGCACGGCGGCAGCAGCGCUGCCACCGCAGGCGACGGCGGCCACGACAUCGGCAUCGGCGACGCGACACAACUGGCUUCUUGUCCAGGCACUUGGGAACUGGGGCAAGCACGAAUGGCGGCUGCGGAUGUACGGCAGCGCACGCCACCUGUUCCGUGCCGCUGUCGACGAGGCGGCGCGGCAUCCCGACGGCGUCGGCGGCGGCGGCGGCGCCGCCAUCCUGCAUUUCUGGGCGUCCCGCGAGCUUGACGCGAUGAAUGUUCGUAACGCCCGUAUCGUGGCGGCGGAGGCACUGCGCAAGUGCCCCGCCGACGUGGCGUUGUACGUCCUGGCGGCUGGCGUGGAGCUUGAAGGGGGCAACCUAGAGCUGGCCAAGAGCUACUGCCAGCGCGCGUAUGCUCUGGACCGCACAGACAAGCAGCUCUUCCUGGUGUGGCCGCGGGUGGAAGCGGCGCUGGGGGAUCGACUAAAGGCGAGGCUGCUGUACGAACGGGCUCUGGACAUGUACCCCCUCAACACCAAGAUCCUCAACCUCUACGCGCGCUUCGAGGCUGAAGAGGGGUCGUACCGCGAGGCUGCCGAGCUGUACGACAGGGCCUUGCGAAUUGACCCGCUAUCGCCCGUGAUGGGUGUGCACAACCGCGCUGAUUGGGCUUCCCUGGAGGCGGAUCUGGGUAACAUCAGCCUCGCCAGGGCGCUGCUGGAGGGCGGCCUGGAAGCCCACCCUAGAUCCACCCCGUUGCUGGUCACGCUGGCCAAGGUGGAGCGGCUGGAAGGGCGUUACUCUGAGGCCCUGCGGCUGGUGCGGGCCGCACAAGCCAUCGCCGGACCCUUCAACGCGGCGGUCAUGACGGAGCGCUCCCAGGUGCUUCGCGCCAUGGGCGAGCGGGAGAUGGCGGCGAACCUGGCUCGCCACGUGGCCGCCGUGAAGGAGCUCACGCGCAUGAAGCAGCAGGGCUACUGGGGCAGUGAGGCGUGGCGGGCGUUCAUCGAGGCGACGCGCAGCAGCGAGCAGAAGGCGCUGGUGGCAGCGGCGCGAGCGCGCAAGCAGCAGCUCGGCUGGGCACCGACGGUGCGAGGCGCUAAGCCGCAGCCCACGGGACAGGCCGGCGACGGGCGACGUCCGGCGGCGCCAGAGGCACAGCAGUGGCUACAAUUGGAGCAACUGCGGCUGCGGCGCACGGAAGCGCGGAGGCUGGCGGCGCAGCGGGCAGCACGUAUCCGAUCUCUGGAGGACGGCGGAGCCGCCGCCGGCGCCAGCGCUGCUGCCGGCGCUGGUGCUGGUGGCGUGACGAUGGCGUCAAGAUCGUCAGGCGACGACGAGUACGACGACUAUUACUACGAUGAGCAGCCCGUCGGUGUGCCUUCCUUGGACUCUGUGAGGCGGCCUACGCCUGGUGAUGAGGACAUGUAUGACACCUAA